UUGGAAUAGAGUGGACAAAUAUACAGAGAAAAUAAUUAAUUUAAUAUCGUGUUUUUUGCCCAUAGAGAAUGACAGGUGUAUAAUUAAGACACAAGGCUCCACUACUAUAUAUGUAGAAGACCCACAUUAUUUGCCAAGUUUCUGUUAAGUGUUGAAGGUCAGCCUUCAACUUAGACUUGGAUGGAAAGUUGGAUUGUAUGACUGCAAUAUAAAAAGUAGAAUUGGAAUGGAAGAGGCAUUGCCAUUAAUGAUUCAAUUCCCAUUUCUCACCACUGCUAUCGUUACAUACUAGUGGCAAGCCUUCGAUUAAUCUCCCACACACACGUCUUAUCUCUUACAACCUACAACGUGGGUGCGUCCUACCUCUCCUCCCCCAACUUGCUAAGCCAACAUGGACGAAGAACAACCAUCUUCACCACCACACCACCUCCGUCACCGCCACCAUCACCAUCACAGAAGAUGGGCGGAUCUAGUGAACAAGACCUUCAAUAAACCAAGGGCCUUCAUCAUCCUGCUUCUCAUAUCCUUCGUCCUUGGCUACCUCACCCACUCACAACCAGUACUUUCUCAAUCAGCCCAAGAUUUACUCGAUCACCACACCUUCUCACCACCUCGAUGUGGCGAUCCAGUUCCCCCCGCCUACGUCCGCCGAACAGUCAUCGACCGAGUCUUCAACGGCACCUCGCCCUGGGAAGGCUUCCCCCCGCCGCACAUUAACUCCCUCAUCAUGCAAGAAUGGACCAAAGGCUGGGGCUCACAAGCCCCCGUUUUCGAGCACCUCAUUCUCCAGGCGCAGCCCAAGAUUAUCAUCGAAGUCGGCACGUUUCUUGGCGCCUCGGCCACUCACAUGGCCGGGCUAAUUCGGAAACUGGGGCUGGACGCUCAGAUUCUCUGCAUAGACGACUUCCGGGGGUGGCCCGGAUACUACGACGAGGAAAAGAGCUUGAAAAUGGUGAACGGCGAUAGUUUGCUCUUGUACCAGUUUAUGCAAAACGUGGUGAAGGCUAACGCCACGGACUCCAUCAUGUUUCUGCCCUUCUCGACGAGUACGGCGCUGGGUGGGCUGUGUGAGUGGGGAGUGUACGGUGAUCUGGUGGAGAUAGACGCGGCUCAUGAUUUUCACUCGGCGUGGACAGAUAUCAACAACGCGUACAAGAUUUUGAGGCCUGGGGGGGUCCUUUUCGGGCAUGACUAUGUGUGGGUUGGUGUUCGGGACGCCGUCCAUUUGUUUGCUCGACUCCACGGCUUUCGUGUCAGAAUAGACGGAGAGCACUGGAUUUUAUACUAACUCCGUUUCGUCUUCCGUUCAAUAUUUCAUGCUUGUCAGAUUUCAAUUUAUCCAUGAAAAUUAAUCAGGUGCCGAAUGGAGUAAUUAAUAUUAAGAGAAUGAUAGUAUGCAGGAUUAAUUGCAACCAACACCCAUCCCCUGACGUUUACAUUUUCACCGUCUCCAAGUGAUAGCAUGGAGUUUAGGGGUACAGUGUACCUUGUUUUUGUUUAUGAGAUUUUUGUUUAUUGCAUUUAAUUCAAUUUCUGUA